AUGAGGACACCUAGACUCUCUGCCCUUCUGCUGCUGGUGCUGGCCUUGCCGCUGACCCAGAACUGUGCAGGCUCACACUGGCUGCAGUUUUUCGACACCGUGGUUUAUGGACCGGACAUCUGGGAGCCACGGUGCAUCUACGUCAGCUACGUUGAUACCACACAGGUCCAGGGAUUCGAUAGCAAAGCAGCGACUGUAAGAGUGCAACCUCGGGCUCCCUGGAUGGAGCAGGAGCCGCCUGAGUAUUGGUACAAUCAAACGGAGGAAGCCCUGUACCAGUCACAGAACGACCGAAAGCUUUUUCGGGUCCUGAUGAAGUACUACGGACACAGCAAGGAUGGCGAAUAUCACACCCUACAGAAGGUGUAUGGCUGCACUGUGGAAAAUAAUGGGAACUUCCUCCGAGGGCACUAUCAAGUCACCUACUAUGGCCACGAUUACAUCGCCCUGAAUGAGAACUUGAGCUCCUGGACUGCAGAGGGCAAGGUAGCUCAAAUCCUAAAAGGCGUCUGGGUGGAAGAGGCAGAGGCAGAAUACUGGAGGACUUACCUGCCGGGGGAUUGCGUGAAAAUGCUUCGUAGAUUCCUGGACCUUGGGAAGGAGACAUUGCUGCGCUCUGACCCUCCCCAAACAUAUGUGACCCGUCAAGUUAGACCCGGAGGGAAUGUCACCCUGAAGUGCUGGGCCCUGAAUUUCUACCCUGCUGACAUCACCCUGACCUGGCAGAGAGAUGGGAACAACCACACCCAGGAUAUGGAGGUGAUAGAGACCAGGCCUGCAGGAGAUGGAACCUUCCAGAAGUGGGCAGCUGUGGUGGUUCCUUCUGGAGAGGAGCUGAGAUACACAUGCCAUGUGAACCAUGAGGGGUUCCCUGAGCCCCUGAUCCUGACAUGGGAACCUCCUCCACCAAACUUCUUCCUCAUGGCGAUUCUUACUGGCCUGGUUCUUGGAGCUUUGGUUAUGGGAGCUGUGGUGAUUUUUCUGACAUGGAAGAAAUAG